CGAAAGUCUUUAUUAUGACAAAACAUAAACAAAUAAUUUAUCAAUAAGUAAUAAUCAGUUAUCUUAUUAAUGUUGUGUAAAAUAAUUCAGCAUGAGUGUUCGUUAUCAAAUUCGUGCACUCCUUGUCAGUAUUAGAAUUGUGUGACAGUGCCAUAUUAAAUAUGAAAAGCAAAGUGGAUCUGAAAAUCUGCGGAGUUUGUGGUGAUAAAGCUCUGGGCUACAACUUUAAUGCUGUAACAUGCGAAAGCUGCAAAGCGUUUUUCCGCAGAAAUGCCUUAAUACCAAAAGAGUUCAAGUGCCCCUUUACCAAUGACUGCAAGAUAACUACAGUCACUAGAAGAUUUUGUCAAAAAUGUAGACUGGAUAAGUGUUUCUCCAUUGGAAUGUGCAAAGACCUGAUUAUGUCCGAGGAGGACAAGGCACAGAAACGACAGAAAAUUGAGGAAAACAGGGCGAAAAAACGAACAAAGAGUUCAACUGAAUCUCCCAGCAAAAGGCGGAAGAAAGACACUGGCGAAAGUGACAGUGAGUUGUAUAACAGUUCAUAUAACACUGAUUCUGAUCAAGACACAAAUGUGUCUGAGGGAUAUCAGCCUAACUACUCCAUCGGAACCAGUACAGAAAGUACUACAAACACCCAGGAAGCCAACACGACUAUAAAUGAAGACAGUGUCACGUCUUCCAAUGAGAAAAUCGUAUCCUCAAGUGAUGAAGCGUUUUCAUUACAAAACCUUAUUUCUCAGCAUUUAUAUAAUAUGGCAAACAGCUCAGGAAGCAAUGGAUUUAUGCAAAUCGACCACGCAGCACUCGGUAGUUUUCUGAAUAAUUCAGUCCAAUUUAGUGACAAUGUGGUGAAAAGUUGCCCAUCACCUAGUACGGAUUUGAAAGUGCCUUGCGAAAAUGUAGCGGAUGUUAUAAAAAACGUUGAAAGACUCAACUCUCAUAAUAACAACCCAAUCGAAUCAAUACUAUCCGAAGCCAUUAAGCUCGAAUAUGACGCGUAUUCCACUCGAGCCCAAAACAGUUUGCACUCCAGAGAGCUAAAUGAGGCUGAAAAGGCUAAACUUAAUGAACUGAUCUUGGCGAACAAAGCUCUACUAACACCGGUUGAAGAGGAGCUUAGCCUGAUUGGCAAUGAGUUCAAAGAUGUGGUACAAAACCAAGCAGGUAAACAACAAACAGAUCCUGCUUUACUAGAUGUGAUUAACCUGACUGCAAUAGGAAUCAGAAGGCUUAUAAAAAUGGCUAAGAAAAUUAACGCUUUCAAGAACAUGUGCCAAGAAGACCAAGUUGCUCUACUGAAAGGCGGUUGCACUGAGAUCAUGAUGAUUAUCAGUGCCAGGCGGUAUGACCCAACAAAAAACACUUGGAAGAUUCCCUCUAUCCAGGAGAGUCUAAAUGUGAAUGUAAACGUGCUGAAACUGGCUAAAGGAAAUGCCUAUCAAGAACUUGAAAGGUUCAUUAGGACGUUCGACCCGAAAUGGAGGAGUGAUGAAAAUAUUAUUUUAAUUCUAUGCGCUAUUGUCCUCUUCACACCUGAUCGACCGAGAGUUAUACAUGAGGAUGUUGUGAAACUUGAACAGAAUUCCUACUACUAUCUUUUGCGCCGCUACCUGGAGAGCAUUUACGUAGGAUGCGAAGCCAAGUCAAUAUUUCUCAAACUUAUCCAAAAAAUCAUGGAAUUGCACAAAGUGAACGAAGAACUGAUCAACGUUUUGCUAGACGUUAAUCCGUCCCAGAUUGAACCUUUGCUCAUCGAAAUUUUCGACUUGAAAUAGAUGUAAACCAAUAUUUGCUUGCCCAUUUCGAGCCGAUGUAGUUCACUUGGAUUAAGCGAUUAACAAAUCGGCUAUUUAAGAUUGAUCGAAGUGAUAUUUUUUAAAGUGUACAUAUUUUGUUAUGGGUAAUAUGAAUGGUAUUAAAGAAUACCGCGCCAGGGUAUUCACAUUUCAAUUUGCCUAGCUUUAGAUUUUAUGGAGAUUUAAUAUAUUUUUAUGGAGUGUGAUAAAUGUAUGUAUGUGAUAUGCGGUUCAAUUAGGCAAUAAAUGUACAAACCAUUCCUUGCAAUUGAUCAUCAACAGAUUACCUACUUAUAUCAGAGCAUAUAGAAAUAUAAUUUUACAAUUUU